AUGGUUACCUGGAAGCAGCUGCAAUACAAUAUCCAGAUUGUUGGGGCCAGCGUUGCCUUGAUAUUGAAUUGUAUUCUAAUUAAGCUAAUUAUCAAGCACUCACCGAAAGAAAUUGGUGAUUAUAAAUACUUAAUGUUAUUUAUUUCUUGUUUUGAGAUGGUUUAUUCAGUACUUGAUGUAAUAAUUCAGCCGAUGUGCCACUCUUUUCAAACCACAUUUAUGAUUAUCGUAGAUGCAACAUUAUCUGAAAUCGAUAAACGUUUCUGGCAAACUUUGGCAUUAAUCUACGCUGAUUUUUUUGCCUCCACGAUGGCAAUAUUCUUAGUUCAUUUCGCAUAUCGUUACUGGGCAAUAAGUGGCGUGAACGAAAAUAAGUUGAAAUGGUUUCAAAGACCAAGAAUUUUUAUAUGGCUUCUUGCUCCAUUUUUAGUUUCGGUCAUCUGGACAAUUGGCAUCCUCAAUGGAGCCCUCCCACGAGAAAGUACCAAUGACUAUUUAAGAGAUUACGCUUUUGAAAGGCUCGGCUUGAAUAUCAGUGAAAUUGUGUAUUUCGCUCCUUAUUAUUAUGAUCACAACGAGCAUGGUGAAAACGUUAUAUUUUGGCCAUCUCUGGUUACAAUCUUUAUGGUUUCAUCGACCAUCAUCAUAUCUCUUGUGUUCUCAAUCUACUAUGGAGUGAAGUGUUGGCGAAGAAUGCGUGCAAUUUUUUCAAGUUCCUCUUCUUAAUUUCAAAUUAUUCAUAGCCAAUUAUUCUACGCUUUGGUGGCUCAAACUAUGAUUCCAGUAAUUCUAAUGCACUUUCCAGUUCUGACAAUGCUCAUUUGCUCUAUAUUGGAAAUUGAUGCAGGCGCUUUCAGCAGUAUUGUUCCAGUGACAAUUGCACUAUUUCCGACUUUGGAUCCAUUGCCAACUAUGAUCAUUGUGUCUCAUUAUCGGAAUGCGAUCAAGAAUUACUUUUUAUCACGAUUUAAAAAGUGUCGAAAAUCAAAGUGUGGAAAAUGUCUGAAAAAGAAACUAGUAGUAAAUCGCGGUUCAUCAGUCGUACCACAAAACUAA